AUGCUCCAAGCGCCGCCGGUAGCUGCCGGGAAGCAGUACCAGGGUAGGCUCAGCAACAAAAUCAACACCGAUGGCGGCAAAUGCGAGUUCUUCGGGUCGCCCUUCGACAAGAGCGAGUUUUUCGACGGAGGGAAGGUCGCACGCUUCCCGCCGGAGAUUUUUGACAAGGGAGCCGCAUGCGGCGCGUGCUACUUCGUCUCGUGCGUGAAUAACUCGCGCUGCGUAGCGGACGCGAAGGUAAAUGUCCGCGUGGUGGGCAUCUCGAAGAAUAAUUCGCGGAUCAUCAUCUCUGACACGGCGUGGAGCAAGAUCGCCAAGGAUAAGGACAAGAACCCUGUGGAUUUUAAAUACGAGCGCGCGCCGUGCAGCAACGCGACGAGCAUCGCCGUGCGGGUUCGCGAUAAGUCCACCGAGGACGAGUUUAAGGUGCAGAUCUUGGGAACGGCCGGCCCAGGAAGCGUGGAGCGCGUCGAGGUGUCGAACGACGGGUCCACGUGGAAGGCGAUGGAAAGAUCUGACGUCAAGGCCACGUGGAAGAUCAAGGGCGAAAAGGCUUUUCUGCGCGCGAAAAAAACGCUUUCGUUCCGCGUAACCGCGAGAGACACUAAGGAGCAGGUCGUUCUUAAAGACGUGCUCCCCGCCGCGGAUUGGAAAGCCGCCACGACUUACAAGUCUAAGGACGCGAACUUCAAGAAGGACCCUCCCGCGACGCGUGCUGCUGCGACGGAACCUAAGAAGGACGAGGGGAAGAAGGCCGACGAUAAGAAGAAGACGGAAGAGGCGCCGAAGCCAAAGAAGGACGAGGUGAAGCCAGGCGCCGUGCGAGCAGCGGUGACCAAGGCGGAGGAAGCGGUAAAGAAGAACUUGCCAGCGUCGUUCCGCCUUCCCCGCUCCCCCGCUCCACGCGCACGUGUGCCUCCCCCGUUCCGCGCGCGCACGUGGGCAUUUCCCGCUCAAAACGCACACUAG